UUGCAUUAACUACAAUGGUUCUAUAUCAGAUUUUUGCAAUAUUUAUUUUUACAAUAUUACUACAGGAAUCCAGUGGAAAGGAUACAUGGAGUUGUGAAAUUCACUCUGUUUCUAUAUAUAAAUCCAGCACCGAAUACUUAGAUACAGAUAUAAAAACUGAACGGAUCUCGCGAGGAAAAUAUGGUUUUAGUGGUUUUGUGGAUUUUAAACAGGAUACGAGUGAUAAAUGGACUAUAAGAUCAAAUUUUACGCGUAGUAUUUACGGGACCAAUAAAUUUAUUCCAACUCCAUACCAAACUCCAAAGAUGAAAUUUCACAGUUUUAUUGCUGGACCUUAUAAACGUUUUGCCAUGAGCACAUUAAGAAAUUGUACAAAAAAUGGGAUAGAGUUUGAAGGAAAUUUCGUCCCACCUGUAACAAAACGUCGUAUGAUAUUUCAUAAAUGUCGUGUAAAUGUAGAUAAUUGGCCUUACUUCGCUGCUGGCUAUUAUAAAAUAUUUGUAGAGAUAUUAGAACCUCAAUACACAGGCUGGGAGGUAGUUUUAAAAAUGACUUCUUCAACACCUCUGUUAUAAAUUAGUUAACGGUGGAUAACAGCUAUACUAAAUCGGUGGAUAUAAUGAAUAAUAUUAAUUUAUUAAAUAAAUUUAGAAGUU